UCAUACACAAGUUACUACUACGGUUGCAUUGCAGCAUAAGAUGAUGGGUCACGUUGAAAAUGGCUUUUCAUUUUUUGCUGCAGUUACACUCGCACUCCACCUCGUAACAGCAACCACUCUUUACCCUCCCCACUCUUCUUUAAACGGCGCCGUUAGAAUCGUCAGGGUUCGCCGGGACGGCGCAGGGGACUUCAGGACGGUAACGGAGGCCGUGAACAGCAUUCCUUCGGGGAACAAGCGGCGAGUGGUGGUGUGGAUUGGCAUCGGCGAGUACCGGGAGAAGGUCACCGUGGAUAGGACCAAACCUUUCGUCACGUUUUAUGGAGAGAGAAAUGAGAGCGACAGCCACACCAUGCCCAUCAUAACGUACCACGCCACCGCAUUAAGGUAUGGGACAGUCGACAGCGCCACCGUCGCUGUCGAAUCCGACUACUUCGUCGCUGUCAAUGUCGCUUUUGUGAACUCGUCUCCAAGGCCAGAUGAAAAGAGUGUUGGAGCACAGGCCGUAGCUAUGAGGAUAUCAGGGGACAAGGCUGCAUUCUACAACUGCAAGUUCGUGAGUUUUCAGGACACUUUAUGUGAUGAUAAAGGAAGACAUUUUUUCAAGGACUGCUACAUCAAAGGCUCCUACGAUUUCAUCUUUGGAAAUGGAAAAUCCAUCUACUUGAGAAGUACCAUAGAAUCGGUUGCAAAGGGUUUGAGUGUUAUCACAGCACAAGCUAGGGAAAGCAUUGCAGAAGAUACUGGAUUCAGUUUCCUUCACUGCAACAUUACGGGGAGUGGUAACAGGAACACUUACCUCGGACGUGCCUGGAAGAAGAGCCCUAGAGUAGUAUUUGCUCACACUUACAUGGGCUCCCUCAUCAGUGCCCGGGGAUGGUUCACCGAUCAACUUCCUCAACGCAAUUCUAACCAGACAAUCUACUAUGGAGAAUAUAGGUGCAUGGGAACAGGAGCUGUUUCCUCAGGGCGUGUAAAAUUUCGGAAGACACUGUCUUAUGAAGAAGCAAAGCCGUUCAUGAGCAUGGCCUAUAUUCAUGGAGGAAAGUGGGUUGUCCCACCUCCAAAGUUGUGAGCAUGUGAGCAUUAAUUGUUAUAAGAGAAACUUCUCAUAUACACGCUUGUAUCAUCAUUGUGCUGUGCUACUAUACCUGUCUACUAGUGUAACAAACAAAGUGUUACGUAAAACUUUGAAAACCUUGUUGGGUGUACUUGAUUCUUGUAAGAAAGGAUUUAUAACAUGCUGUACAAAUUUCCUUUUAUAU